AGAAUCGUCGUACUUUGCAAAGACGGCAUGGUAAAAACGCGCCUAAACGAGUAAACGGCGCGAAGAAAAUAGCCAAACGCCGCCACAACUGCUUCUUCCAAGCUCCUAGGUAUCGGACCGACUCGCCGGCUGACUCAGGCAUGGAAGCCGAUUCAUCUUCCUUCAAGCGUCGUCGUUCCCUCCUGGUUGGUUGCAGUAGAAAUAGAAGCUUUUAGAUGGUGGACAACACUAGGAGGUGGUUGUGGACUUGUAGUGCUGGAUAUUAGGGCACUGUUUGGUUGCAGCUGCUUCUGCCAAACAGAAUAAUCUUGGGAUCGGCUUCGAUAGCACGCCGGAAAAUAUUGGCUGAAAUGGGAUAUGAAUUCACAGUCGUGACUGCAGACAUUGAUGAAAAAUCCAUCCGAACGGAAAAACCAGAGGAGUUGGUUUUGGUUCUUGCCAAGGCAAAGGCCGAUGCUAUUAUAUCAAAGUUGCAAAGCAUCAAUAAACAAGAGAAGGAUACUGAGCCGACAAUUGUGAUUGCGGCAGACACAGCAGAAGCCAUUUCACAAAAGCUCCCAGUUGGGGACUACAUAAAGGAUGCCAAACCAACACUAUUAGUUACUUCUGAUCAAGUGGUGGUCUAUGAAGGUGUGAUCCGGGAAAAACCAUCCAGCAAGGAAGAAGCACGGCAAUUUUUGAAAGAUUAUUCUGGAGGGCAUGCAGCAACAGUAGGAUCUGUGCAUGUUACAAACCUUAAAACGGGAUUCAGUAAAGGAGAAUGGGAUCGAGUGGAGAUUUAUUUCCAUAAAAUACCAGAUGAAGUCAUUGAGAAGCUGAUUGAGGAGGGGAUAGUGCUCAAAGUUGCUGGGGGACUCAUAAUCGAACAUCCUCUUAUUCUUCCCUAUGUCAAAGAAGUGGUUGGGACAACCGAUAGCGUGAUGGGACUUCCCAUAGAUCUCACUAGGACACUCCUGAAAGAGGCCCUCUAGCUGCAGCCGGAGAUUUCCGCAUUUUUAUUUAACGGUACUUUAUCUAAUUGACGCGUAUUUAUGUUUCUUCUGUCGUUAGGCAUCUGAUCUCGUUUCGUUGAACUCUAUAACUACCUGCUAUUCGCAUCUGUAUCUGUUGUGAACUAUAUUUGCUUCCCGGAUGAAUCGUAGACAAGUUUGUUUAUGUUUUGACAUA